GAACCCGAGGCCGAGCUUGCCACAGAGCACAGGUAACCCGUGCCACGGGUAGACGGCAGACUGCGACGCGCGCUCCACGCGAGUACCCUGUGCCUCGCGUGUCCUCGUACCCUCCUCGGUCGCACCGGGGUCAGUCAGGGUCCUGCCGUUACUCCGCACGCUCCCAGAGCAUCCUCGAGGAUCCACCAGCUGUUCUCUGCUUUUCUUCACGUCACCUUACCGAGUUCGAACGAUCGCACGUCGGAGUUCUCAGUGAUCCGAGGGGGAAGUGAAGAUAUCGUGAUUAGAAUUGAGUGUUCCUCGAUCUGGGACCACGUGGGUCCAGAGACUUGUACGUGGUGCGUCGAUCAUUCUGUGGAGUUAAUUGGUAGACAGUAUAUCUGGAGAACCUAGUUUAUGCCGAUACCACGAUUUCGCCUCCAUGAACAGGACUUGAGGAGCUGAUCUCAUCGAAGAACUGGACGCAAUGUGCGAAGCGGUGCCGCGUACUUGGUACAUGAAACCGGAACUCCACUGCAGCGGCAUUGUAGUUCCGGCCGGGCCGCUGUCACCCCCGGCCACGCUUUCACCGCCGAGCAGCCCGAGCGUUACGCCGUGGAGUCCAGGAGCGGCAGGAAGCAGCCUGAGCACCGCGACAUCCUCGGCGAGCCUCGGACAAUCGACCUCGGACCGUUUCAGCGCUUUCACCCUCGUCUCGGCGUGCAAUCCCGACGCGAGACUUCAGAAUCUACCGUCGACCACUACCGCCGCCGCAGCUCGAGAGAUGCGCUGCGGCCUGAUGUACGGCGGUUACGGUUCCAGUGGUACCGCAUGGUGGGCUCGGCACGUCAGUCUGUUGCUGCCCCAUACCUUGCUACCAUCGUCGAGGAUUGCCAGUCAGCAGACCACCACACCGGUCGCCAGUUGCUCGCCUGUUCACCCGAAACCCUUGAACGUAUCCAGAGCCAGCUCACCCCGGAGGUGCACCCCUGAAAAGGCGAAUUUCGAGGAAGAGGCGCCGCUAAAUCUGAGCACCAAACCCAACGACGUAUCGUCCACCGUCGGCCGAAAAAGUGAAAUCUGGUCACCGGGAACGUUGUGCGAGAGAGAGGCGAAGGAAACCAGGAUACCAUUGUCCAGGAGUCCGUCCUCGACGCCUGUAAUCACUCGGCAAAUCCAUCAUUCACCGCUGACACCGCCUUCCUCUUCGGAAAGAACUUUCCAAUGCAAGCAAUGUGGAAAGGCUUUCAAGCGCUCGAGCACUCUGAGCACCCACCUUCUGAUACACUCCGACACCAGACCUUAUCCUUGCCAAUACUGCGGCAAGAGGUUUCACCAAAAAUCGGACAUGAAGAAGCACACUUACAUACACACUGGCGAGAAACCGCACAAAUGCGUGGUAUGCGGCAAAGCAUUUUCUCAGAGCAGCAACCUGAUCACGCACAUGCGUAAGCACACCGGGUACAAGCCGUUCCAGUGCGGGCUGUGCGACAAGGCAUUCCAGAGGAAGGUCGACCUGCGGCGACACCGCGAGGGCCAGCAUCCGACCGCCCCCGCGCUCGACUACCGCUCGCUUCAGCUACCCUCGCAGAAUUCGAACGCCAGCCACUCGCCGCCAGCUCCUGUCUCCUACCACAUGAUCCCCGUACCCGGUAACAGUUGAGACUUUUUUACAAAUUCUUCUUUCAACCGUCCUUUUCGCGUGCCUCUGAUUUAUCAAAAAUCGUUUGUCGAGCAUAAACAAUUAUGAACAACCGCGGGAAAUGAUCGAGAAUCUAUGCGAAUUCAUAGAACCAGUUAAACGUAUGUCCUAAAUUCGUUCGUUAUUUUUCUAUAUAUUUUGCAAACGAGAUCGAUUAAGAUUCUAAAAAAGAAGAAAAGAAAUUCUAAAAAGAAAGGAACGAAGAUACGGUUCUUAUCUUGGAAAAAUCUCGAGCGCGUGUCGAAAGUGUUAGGUUCGGUGGAUGCACCUGUUCCCAGGACUAAUAACAGGUACUUAGCUUGCAUACAUACCUCCAGAAUGUUCAACAAUGUUCAAAUGCCUGAAGGGUUUGCACAUUUAGGUAGGGAACUUUCGGUGCCGUCCGUUACACUGGUUUACAAAGGUCCUUUAUCUUCUGUCACGUGAAAGUUCAACGACACGUGAUUUCAGUUCUGUGGUAUAGUCAGAAUUCCGUCCAAUUACGUCGUUCACGAGAACGUGCUGCUUGAUGAUACAAUCCAAAUUGCAGGAAUGAUUAAUUAUUAAGUAGAAAAGUGAAUCGUGUGAGAGAAACUUGAUUGAAAAUUCCUCUUGACCAGUGCUAUUUACUGUACAUACAUAUAUUAUAAAAGUAUUCAUCUACAGAUAUAUUACACAUAUGCAUUAACGUGUGUACACGUACGUACUUGAAUUAAUAUUAUAAUAGUACAAUUCUUAUUAGUUAGCCGAAUCGCAAAAACAAAUGAAAAAAUCGUUUAUUUUGUAUAGGAUGUAAGGUUUCUAAAACGACGAUCGAAGUUUAUGUUAAAGGAGAAUGAGAAACGUUAUAUUAUAUGUAUACGUCCCCCGUCGCAUUCCAUACGCGUGCGUGUGCACGUGUGUCCAUAUGUCGCGUGUAUAAAUCCAUAUUUUACAUUAUUAUAUGCGAGCCAGUGUUACCAGUUGCACGUGCAGGGUUUUCGAAUAGAUGUACCUACGUCUACUUACGUUUCUAAGAAGUUUUAUCAUUUGCUUCAACGGCAAUGGAGAAUUAAACGUAAGAGGACAGUGUUAGCACAUUGCGUACCGCUCACGAGUUUUCUCAUUUUUCUCGCGCUAUCUAUUAUUAAAUGUCCUCUCUCAAAAAAAGAAAGGAAAUUUAACGAUAAUUUAUCAGAUAUUCCUAGUAAGAUCGAAAAUGCGGAUGACUGUUUUGACGAUUCCGAAGACGAAUCUGCUGAUUCUACUGAUAGUGAAAUUAUUAGACCUGUGAGGAAGUGUAGCGGUGCUUUUAAGUGAUUCCGACACUGAUUCCAUUGGUCAACAGAUCCUUUGAUAAGUACUCCUAUAUUUCCACAGACCUGUAGUUAUGAUGAUUUAAAUAACGUGCAUUUUGCUCAAAACGUAUGGUCUUUCGCAUAUGUCUUAGAAAUUUCUAUGCGGUACGCAAUGUGUUAAGAGAAAGAGAGAAUAUGUGUGUGUGUUCAUUCUUUAAGAGAAGAUAUAGUGAAAUUCCGGAAAAUAAUGCAAGAGGAGCGUAUGAUCUAUAUUAAGUAAAAGGUAGGUCGUUAAAAUUCGUUUUGUACGAUACGAAACCUGUGUUUAAUAAUUAAUUUUAUAUUUUUAUCGAUAACUUUCGAGAGAGUUAAAAAUUUAAUGCAGUGCAUUUGAGGAAGAAAGAAGAAGAGUUGAACGGAGCAUAGAAUAAUCGUGCCGCGAUAAUCAUCAGUCAUAUAUAGAAGAAUUAGGAACACAUGUUGGAUUGUAAAUAAUUUUAUGUUCUCGUCGAAUUGGUAGACAAAUUCCAUUUGAAAUUCGGCGUCUGGCAAAAAAUCAUAGCGGCUAGAGGACCAAAGAUAGUAUAAGUCGGACCUGGUCGAGCGGUCAUUAUUCGGGCGGUGAAAGGAGGAUCGAGGAUAAAAUAAAUUUUUGCACGCCCGAGAAUUCACCGAAGACCUCUGGUCCCGUUUACGUAGACGCAUACGUGUUGUAUCAUAUCUACCAUUAGGAUUAGCUUAUUCCUUUGAUUAAGACCGAGCCAGCAACUGAAACGUCCUUUCAUAUAAUUAAGCCACGUGAAUCACGUUUCAACGUUGAGUCGAAUAAUUAAAUCUUCGAACUAUCAAGACUCGGAAACAUUGUUUUACAUCAAAAUUUUAUUGAGGACUUGUGGAGCAGCAAUCUCUGAGGGUGGAGAUAAGGCCGAUGCAUCAAUAAAUAGAUUUAAAUAAGUAAUCGUGUAAGAGUGUGUGCGAGCGACGACGUGUGGAUCGAUUGAGUGCUAUAACAGAGUAAGUUGUGUUAAUCGGUAAAACCAAAUAAUAUGUUCACAAUUGGUAUAAAGAUGGCAUUGAAUAAAUUGUUUUUCUUAUAAGCUA